AUGAAGUUCACCCUGUCGAUCCUCGCCGCACUCCUUGCCGUCGCCACAGCAGCCCCUAACCCCGCACCUGACGCGACGACAACUGUCUCCGUGACCGCCACCAGCAUCGACACAUCGCCGGCAACGUACACGGCGACCAAGAAGUACUUCACUCUCGUCGACCAAGCCCCUUGGAUGGUCGAGCGCACCUCUGUGGUCACCUGGGUUGCCACACCAUCUUCGACCGGCACCGUCGUCUGA